AUGGCCCAACAUUUUAAAGAUACAAGCCGUUGCUACGUCUGCCUGACCUACCUAAAAGACCCUGUGAGCCUGAAAUGUGGGUUCAUCUGCUGCCUCAAGUGUGUCGACUCACUGUCGAGGGGCCCCGGGGGACAAGGGAUUGUGUGCUUCAUCUGCCCUGAGGUUUCUCAGAAGAGUGACAUCAGGCCCAAACACCAGCUGGCCAGGCUGGUGUCAGAGGUCAGGGCACUGGAGCCCCAGCUGAGAGCCAUCCUGAGGAUGAACCCGAGGAUGCGCAGGUUCCAAGUGGACGUGAGCUUGGAUGUGGACACGGCCAACAACCACCUCUACAUCUCCGAGGACCUGCGGCGAGUCCACUGCGUGUACGAGGAGCAGAAGCGCAGGGCCUGUCCUGAGAGGUUCAGCGCCUCCCUCUGUGUGCUGGGCUCCCCGAGGCUCACGUCUGGCCGGCACUACUGGGAGGUGGACUUGGGCACCAGCGGAGAGUGGAACCUCGGCGUCUGCAAGGAGUCUGUUCCUCGGCAGGAGAAGGUGGACCUCUCUUCCGAACAUGGUUUUUGGACGGUGAGCUGCAGGGAGCACGUCACCUUCCAGGCGAGCACCAGGCCGGUGACAGAGCUCAUGGUCAGUCCCGGCUUACACCGCAUUGGCAUUUUCCUGGACUUUGAAAUAGGGACUAUUUCCUUUUAUGACGUGGGUGAUGGCUCCCACAUUUUUACAUUCCCCCCGAUUUCUGUGGCAGAACCCCUCCGUCCGUUUUUCGCUCCUGGGACUCAGGCAAAGGACGGUGGGAGCUUCAUGACGCUCUGUCCCGGGUUCAGUCCCAGCGUGGCCAGUGCAGCUGGGCAAGGCCACAGGGCUCUGAGCACAGCAGGUACAGACGCACCCUGGGUGGGCACAGCCAUGGACACCAGCCCCUCUGCUGGUGACCCAGCACCCUGAAAAACAUGGGACAGCUGUGAAUCCCAAACACAAAUUAUGGGGAACUUUGCUUCCCAUAUUAAGUCCUGUAAUGGUUGUUUUGGGGGGAUUUCCUUGUAUAAUUGUCCAAUAAAUAUGUUUUGAGCAAUCACAUCAAUUGCCAAAUGUUUCCCUUUUCAUUUUCUAAAAGAUCAACUGCAUGUAUCAGGCAGGUUGUAGACAAAAUAAAAAUAAAAAUGUGAGCCAACAGACUGAAUGAUUUCCUCUGCAAUCAGAAACCAGACCUACAGAAACAGUUCAAACAGGGAUGUGCCCUGGCCAGGGUGGCUGGGUUGAUUGGACUGUCCGCCCAUGCACCAAAAUAUCACAGGUUCGAUUUCCAGUCAGGUCUUGUGCCUAAGGAACAUAAGGAAGGCAACCCGACUGAGCUUUCUCUCUCUCAACAACAGGAGAUGUGUGUGUGUGCCAUUUCUCUCAGCAACAGAAAAACACAUUUGUGUCAAGUGCACACAGAAUGUUCCGAGACCCUAGAGGAAAGCAGGAGGACUUCAGGAGCAGCUGGAUAUAGGAGGUUCAUUGGCUCAAAAAGAGUCCUUAUGUUCAUUUAUAAUGUUUGCAGUUAGUGAGGCUUCAUUAGCUUCCAGCUUCAAGUGAUGAGAACUGAACAGUCAAGGAGAAAGUGUCUCAGGUGCCACAAGGGGGGCUCUGCCACAGUCCCCACUGGGCCUUUGCUCCUGGUUCCUUCCCCUUCAUCACAGCAGGGUUGUGUUGCUUAGCUACCACCAGACAGGUUGUCCUUGGAGUAAAACUGGCAGAUUCUUGAGGGGGAGGGUUGGAUGGGGCUUCAGGUGCAGCACCUGGGCUGAUGUGGCCAGUGGCGGACACAGGGUGGGACGUCAGCAUCGUGGUGGAGUGAGG